AUGAACUCUAAAGAUUCAGUAUUUCCCUUGAUCAACAACGAGCUCGAAACCCUUCGUCCUUCGGGAAACUUCAGUGAAAGCAUUUCAAUUCCUGCGAGUGGGAUGAGCAGUCGAUUAUUGAAGGAUAAUGGUGAACUUAAAGAAAUUCUAAUCGAGACUUCGGAUAUAAAAGGUGUUUUGAGUCUAUUUGAAGCAGCUCAUGUAGGAACACACGAAGACAACAUUUUAGAAGACGCCCUUCCUUUCAUAAUAACUCAUUUGAAAGACAGUAUUAAAGGAGGUUCAGGAUCCAUUUCUGAUUCCUUUGCCAACCAAGUUAAUCAUGCUCUUGAACAGUCAUUGCAUAAGGGAAUUCCAAGGAUCGAAUCCCGUUAUUACAUGUCCAUUUACGAGGCGGAUGAAACCCACAAUCCUUUGCUCUUGAAGCUUGCCAAAUUAGAUUUCAUAUUGGCACAAAUGUCCCACAAACAAGAGCUUAAUGAAAUUUUCAGGAAGUGUUCGGAAAAUGUAGCAAAACUUGCUCACACCCGAAAUAGAUUGGUUGAGAAUUAUUUUAUGGCUAUGUCUAUUUUGUUUGAACCUCAAUAUUCUUUGGGUCGAAUCAUCUUUGCAAAAACAGUGGUCGCACUUAUAUUGGUGGAUGAUACCUUCGUUGCCUAUGGCACCAGCGAGGAGCUCCGAGCAUUUACAGACGCCGUAGAAAGAGAGCUACCAUCAUUCCCACAAGCUGCUUUUAUCUACUCACACCAACAUCCUUAUUAUUCAUGGAAAAUGGCACCCCCGGAGGUCUUCGAUUGGCUAUCUAAAAAUCCAAAGAUCCUUGUCGCCUGCGCGAGAAUCGGACGGCUUAUCAAUGAUGUUGCUUCUUACGAGGACUAUAAUGCGGGUGAGGAAGAGGCAAAGAAUAAAUUAGAAGAGAUUUGCGAGGAUGCUUGGAAGGACAUAAACGAGGGACUAUUAAGGCCUACAGAUGUGCCAAGAGAAAUUGUCAUGCGAAUCCUCAGUCUUGCACGAGUGGUGGGCGUUUACUAUAAGCAUCGCAAUGAUGGAUUCACUAAUCCGGCCACGGUUGUGGAAACCCAUAUUGCUGCUUUGCUUUUGGAUCCUUUCUCGGAGCCAGAAAUUUGA